CAGGACCUCUGGGGCAGAAGGCAUGACUCCUCCCUGCCUCAACUGUUCUGUCUUUCCUGGAGAGCCGUCCCUAAAUGGUUCCGGGAGCCCCAUGUUCUGCAAUGGCAGUGAGGUCAAUGGACGCUUUGACCCCGAGGACUUGAACCUGACUGAUGAGACCCUGAGGUGGAAGUACUUGGGCCCACAGCAGUCAGAGCUGUUUGUGCCCAUCUGUGUCAUGUACCUGCUGAUCUUUGUGGUGGGCACUGUGGGCAACGGGCUGACCUGCACUGUCAUCCUGCACCACAAGGCCAUGAAAACACCCACCAACUUCUACCUCCUCAGCCUUGCUGUGUCUGACUUGCUGGUGCUUCUGGUGGGCCUGCCUCUGGAGCUGUACGAGAUGCAGCACAAUUACCCAUUCCAGCUGGGGGCCAGUGGCUGCUACUUCCGGACACUGCUCUUUGAGACCGUCUGUCUAGCUUCAGUGCUCAACGUCACAGCCCUGAGUGUGGAGCGCUAUGUGGCCGUGGUGCAUCCACUCCAAGCCAAGUCUGUGAUGACACGGGCCCACGUGCGCCGCAUGUUGGGGGCCAUCUGGGUCCUUGCUCUGCUUUUCUCUCUGCCGAACACCAGCCUACACGGCCUCAAGCAGCUGUACGUGCCCUGUCGGGGUCUGGUGCCUGACUCAGCUGUGUGUACUUUGGUGCGGCCCCGAGUCUUCUACAACUUGGUGAUACAGACCACCACACUGCUCUUCUUCUGCCUGCCCAUGGUUGUCAUCAGUGUGCUAUACCUGCUCAUCGGGCUGCACCUGCACAGGGAAAGGAUGCUGCUCCAAGAGGAGGUCAAAGGCGGGAAAAGUGCAACGGCCCGGAAGACCUGCAGCAGAAGGCCUCGAGAUCGGGGACGGAGACAGGUGACCAAGAUGCUAUUUGCCCUGGUUGUGGUGUUUGGCAUCUGCUGGGCUCCAUUCCAUGCAGACCGCCUCAUGUGGAGCUUGGUGUCCCGCUGGACCGAGGGCCUGCUCCUGGCCUUCCAAUCUGUGCACAUUGUAUCUGGUGUCUUCUUCUACCUCGGCUCGGCAGCCAACCCGGUGCUCUACAGCCUCAUGUCCAGUCGUUUCCGAGAGACCUUCCGGCAAGCCUUAGGCCUGGGAACCCGAUGCCGUCGCCGCCACCGACACUGUCAUGGCUCCCAUAACCUCAGCAGAUUGACCACAGGCAGCACCUUGUAUGACUUAGGUUCCCGAAACAGCAGGGCUGGACCCCUGGCUGAGAAUGGGGAUCCUGGAUUUCAGCAAGAAACGAUCUCUCCUGAGUAA